CGGUCGCAGGCUCGGCGGAGCGGCCGGUCACACGGCUGCUCGCGGGGACUUCUAACUCGCUCACAGCUUCAUUAAUCACGGGAGAAACUGUGCUGCUGCGAAAUCCCUGCGCUGUAUAAUCCGAACACUGACUGAGUCCCAGACAGACACGGGAAAAGCCGCCUCGGGGUUUAUUACCGGCAGGUUUUUCUGCACCCAGCGUAACGGAUCUGUACUAACAUUAGACUUUAUGAGCGCCUUUAAGCGUUCGCACGCGUCUCUCAGUUUUAUGUUUCCACAGCGUGCUUGCCCAGUGUUCUCACCUGAUAUCCUCGUGGAUCAGGGGUUCUUUCUGGGCUCCCUCCGUACUCCAACAUGUGGCUCGGGUGUCCUGGUUCCUUUCACCAGCCUGUGGAGUUCCCGUUCGUCUUUCCUCCAAGACCGGUGACUGAUUCCUUAGGUGUGCACCUGAUUCUUCCCCUCACUGUCUGAUAAAACAUCAUAAAUCAUGAGAACAUUUACUAAAUCUUGGAUUCCUCAGUGUUUGUGGAUUCUCAGGUCACCUUCCAGAGCAUUCCAUGGAAACAAGAGGCUUCUUACAUCUCAGAUUAUUUCUUACUAUGAAUCUAUAAAUCAGUACAAAAAGGAACUGCCAGAAUAUUUCAACUUUGCAAGUGAUGUCUUAGAUGAGUGGGCACGACUGGAAAAGGAUGGAAGAAAACCAGCAAAUCCCGCUCUUUGGUGGGUCAAUGAUGCGGGAGAGGAGGUGAAGUGGAGCUUUGAAGAGCUGGGCUCUCUGUCCAGAAAGGCAGCCAAUGUCCUUUCUGAGGCCUGUGGCUUGCAGAGAGGAGACAGGGUUAUAGCAGUUCUGCCUCGUGUUCCUGAGUGGUGGCUCCUGAAUGUGGCCUGCAUGCGAGCAGGAAUUGUUCUUAUUCCAGGAACAUCCCAACUAACAGCCAAAGACAUCUCAUACCGCCUCCAGGCUUCAAAGGCCAAGUGCUUCAUUACUGAUGACACUCUGGCACCUGCAGUGGAACCUGUCCUGCUAGGCAGCCAGUUCCUGAAAAGUAAACUCCUUGUAGGCCAGGGGAGCAGGGAUGGGUGGCUGAACCUCAAAGAACUCCUUGCGGUUGCAUCUGCUGACCAUCAAUGUGUCAAGACGAGGAGUCAAGAGCCAAUGAUAGUGUAUUUUACCAGUGGAACUACAGGCUUCCCAAAAAUGGUGUUGCACUCCCAUAGCAGUUACGGCAUUGGAUUUGCAACCUCUGGCAGGUGUUGGUUGAACUUGUCUCCUUCAGAUAUAAUAUGGAAUACCUCUGAUACUGGCUGGGCAAAAUCAGCCUAUGGCAGUGUUUUUGGACCGUGGAUCUGUGGAGCCUGUGUCUUUGUACACAGUAUGCCACAGUUUAAACCAGAAGUUACUGCAGAGACUCUCUCAAGAUAUCCCAUCACCACCUUCUGCACGGCUCCCACCGCCUUCCACAUGCUGGUCCAGCACGAUAUGAGCAGCUACAAGUUCCCGAGUCUGAAACACUGUGUAACUGGAGGAGAAGGACUGAAUCCUGAAGUGUUUGCAAAGUGGAAAAUCCAGACAGGGAUAGAGAUCCAUGAAGGUUAUGGCCAGAGCGAAACAGUGGUAAUCUGUGCCAAUAUGAAAGGGAUGAAAAUUAAACCUGGCUCUUUGGGAAAAGCUGUUCCCCCUUACGAUGUGCAGAUCGUAGAUGACCAUGGGGCUGUUGUGCCUGCGGGAGAAGAGGGCACCAUUGCUGUCCGAGUGCGACCCACACGACCCUUCUGUAUGUUCUCCGGGUACUUGGAUAAUCCAGAGAAAACUGCUGCCACUGUGCGUGGAGAUUUUUAUCUCACUGGGGACAGAGGCAUUAUGGAUGAAGAGGGAUAUGUCUGGUUUGUUGGAAGAGAUGAUGAUGUCAUUAAUUCUGCUGGGUACCGCAUUGGCCCGUUUGAAGUGGAGAGUGCGUUGAUAGAGCACCCGGCAGUGGCAGAGGCAGCUGUUGUCAGCAGCCCCGACCCAGUGCGAGGGGAGGUGGUCAAAGCCUUCGUUGUUUUAGCUCCUGCUUUUGUAUCACACGAUCCGGAAAAAUUAACUCUUGAACUUCAACAGCAUGUCAAGAAGGUGACUGCACCUUACAAGUAUCCAAGGAAGGUGGAGUUUGUUCAGGAUCUGCCAAAGACAGUUUCUGGGAAAAUCCAGAGAAAGGUUCUAAAGAACAAAGAGUGGGCAAGAGUAUGACAACAGUAAGAGUGAUCUGGAAAACGAGGAGAGAAAUUCUCCAUCACGUGUACCAGCCAUAACACAUGACACGGAGAAGGUCGUUAUGACCCAGAGCAGAACAAGAACAUCAUGAAAAAUAAAUUCUGGAAGAAAAAGGAGAAAACAUUCUAGAGGACACGUGGUAUUGGAACCACUUUUGCCAUCAACCUACACAUUUUCAGAAGGAAGGAAGAGCAAGUAAUUCAAAGGGUGGAAUGGGAGAGAGAAAGACAGACUCAGGUGCAUACAGAGGUCUAAUUUGUUUAACUGCAAUUUGUAUAAACACCUUCCUUAAAAAAUAAAAAAAAGGGCGAAACUACAAGGCUUGGAAAAUUACAAAUA